GAUUGGUGGCGCUGUUUAAUACAAUAAUUGCGUGCUCAAAAAAUUCCCCGCUUCGCUCUUGCCGAAAAUGCGUGUUGAUGUUGUUUUGUUUGUUGAAAUUUACGAUUAGUUACAAUGAGUUCUGGAACCGAAAUGGAGUGGCACCAGGAGGUCAUCAUCAAGGCGCCAAAAAGUGAUGAUGAAGACUGUGAACCCAGUCAAAAAUCAUGCAGGAAGCUGGGAGCACUCAGCCACCAUAUUCAGAAGUUCAUGAACCAGCCGGAACUCUCCGACGUCGUGCUUCGUUUUGCUGGGAAGCAGUACAGAUCCCACAGGCUAAUCUUAGGGGCGUGGAGUGGGAUCUUUGAGGACAAGCUCGCUAAGGCUCCACGGAUGGGCACUGCUGGGGGCGAGCCAGGCCAACCCUUUUUAUUAGACCUCGACGAGGAUGGCUUUGCUCCGACAUCGGGAAGCAACAGCGGCAGUGCGGAGGACGCUGAUGCUGCCUUCCAGCAGUUCCUGAAGUUCCUGUACUCCGGCAAGGCAGAACCCACCCAGGGAACGGUCAAGGUGGUCCUGAGUCUUGCUCAGGGCUACAAGAUCAAGCCACUGCAGGAGAUGUGCGAGCGGUUCAUUGGCAAAGAUAUCGGCCAGCACAACAUCGACAGUGCCCUGGAGUGGCUCGGGGAAGCUGAAGCCAAGGACCUGGGGUUCCUGAAGGAGAGUUGCCUCAAAGUCCUGCGGUCCUACGUCCAGUACAUCCCCGACGUCGCCUGGCAGGCGUUGCGGUUGGACCAGCUGGUCUCUAUCAUCGAGAGCUCUGACGUUGUCAUAGAGGAUGAGUAUUGUCUGUUUCUGAAGAUUGAAGCCUGGAUCAAAUCGAAGCAGGUCACCGUUGAGAAUCUGUGGGCCACUCUAGAGGUGAUCCUGCCUCACAUUCGCUUCUCCAACAUGACCAUCUGGCAGCUCCAGCAGUUCAGCAAGUCCAGACUCGGCCAGCAGAUUUCCCAGAAGCGUCCCGAGAUCGUCACCGAGGCCCUCCAAGUCAGGGCUCUGGCCUCAGAAGAGGUGGACUUCUCAGAGGUGUCCGAGAUUCAGUUCGUCCCGCCGCGCCUGUACUUGAAGUUCGUGCCUCCCGGUGGGAGGCUGUCCAGCAUCAAGGAGGCCAAGAAGGAUAUCUUCACGCGGGCCCGGGUCAACCACACCCUGAGCAACUACUCGGAUCGUCGGGCUCAAGUGUGGCGCAGCAAUCCACAGAACAGGAACGUGCACCGCAACGCCGCGGACGAAACGUGGGAGGUUAACAUCAUGAGCAGACAAGAAAACGUGGGGAAGUUGUGGCGCGUGCAGGUCCUGUUAACUCCCAAAUGGGAUCACAUUGGCAAGGAAUACCGCAUUGUCUUGUACAUCAAGUCCAAGGAAGACACAACGAAUCCCAUCAUUAUCACCCACAGUGGAACUGUCGAAAAGGGUACUAAGCGCGCCACGGCUGAUGGCAUCGUCCUAAUUGGGCCCUACAUCCUGGAAGAAAAACCGGACUACAUAUAUUCUCGUGAGGUUGUGUUUAUCAAUUAAUAACACAACCAUCCAUUCAUUCUAGAUUUAAGAUUUCUACUACAUGUAUUAUUUUUGGUCUAGAUUUUCUCGACCAGAAAACUCUGAUACACUGUGAUGACUCACAAUAGACGUGGAAUAGUGAAAAUCUUGGUAAGUUUGGAAAAAUCUAGACGAAAGUUUGAAUCUGAUCAGUGUCCAAUAUGAAGUACAAAAGAAAGUUGCAUCAUAAUGGAAUGUACUACUUGUUUUUGUGCAAUGUGUUGAAUUUGGCUGGAUAAGGGAAGGGUUCUUGUCAAAAUGCUUGGGGUUAAGUAGGCCCAAAUAUACAACCUCCACUUUCCCACUUUCUUUGUUUUUCUACAUCAUGUACACUUUCCUUUAAGUGUUACACAAUGGGUUUGCAAAAUAAUGAAAAGGCCAGUAGGCCAAAGUCCUAACUACAUUGUGCUUUGUUUACAUGUGCGCUUUCCUAUGUGGUAGACCGUCCCUACCUUGUCUGGCGUCCCGACUUCGCUCCCAUAGGAAACCGCUUAUGUAAACAAAGUCAGUACGUCAAUAGGUCUUACGUCUAUUGGUAUUAAUAGACGACAUUGUUUUUCACAGAUUUUCGGUUCUUUUGUUCAGAAAUUGUUAUUGCUAUUUUUUUUUACCAGGAAAGAAUAGCAGAGGUUUUUUGUGUGUGUUAGGAUUAGGUAAAUGCUUUGUUGUAAAUUAAGUUGAGCGUCUCCUUGACAAUUUUAAUUCAGAUGUACCCAGUUUUAAUGAUGUUGUGUCUUCAUGCUUGUGCAUGUAUUUUUUUCCAAAAGCUUUCUAUUUACAGUACAU